GACGUAGGGCUCGGAGGGCGUGGCCUCAAUAGAAGUUGUCAGGGUGGAAUGGCGCUCGGCGCGGUAUUUUGAACAAUCGUGUGUCCCUUUCGCUGUUCUUGAUCUGAAUACGUACCCAGUUACAACAAGUCGGAUAAUCUCCCAAGCAUGGACGUGGUGUCCCCAGAGCUCAUCAACCUCCUCCCGGACGAGAUCAUGGAUACCGAGGCCAUCAUCGCGGAGGAGGUCCCCGUCUCCGCGGCCCAGCCGUGUGACGUGGCGCCGGUUCCCAUGGAAACGGACGCGCCCGUCACCACGGUCACGCAUAAAAACCCGCAGCUCUGUGCGACCCUGACGCCGGCGCCCCUCCGGAGCGGCCUGCCGAGCCAGCUGACCCUCGUCGUCUCCAGCGCCUCUUCGUCGCCGUCGUCGACGCUGGCCUUCAAGCCCAUGUUCGCCACGUCGACGGUCACCUCCACCCGGACCACGGCCAGCCUCGCGGGCGCCAGCGUCCCCGCCGGCAGCGGCUUGCAGAAGCUCUCGCCGGGCUCCUUCGCCAUAUCCGCCGCCAACCACCAGAUCAUCCUCAACAAGGUGGCGGAGGCCACCAAGACCUCGGGCAUGGGGGUGAGCGCCAGCACGGCGCAGGUCAUCAAGCAGGAUGGACAGAAGCUGCUGGUCACGACCAUCGGGAAGUCGGGGCAGCCCAUAAUGCUUCAGCUGCCCCAGAAGAGCGUCCUGGGCCAGGCCUCGGGGGACAGCAAGUCCCCCGCACCCCAGUACAAGGUGGUGACGAUCGGGGGCAGGACGGAGCUGAAGCCGGUGAUGGGGAGCCCAGGCAGUCCACUGCCCGUGUCGGCGCUGCAAGCCCAGCAGCUGAAGACGUUGCAGAUUGCUAAGAAAGCACAGGUUUCCUCGGCGGCUCCCAUCAAGUACAUAAUCACCAAAACCGUCAGCAAAGGAUUGACGUCUCAAACAACCGUUUCUCCCGUUAUUGCCGGACGAGUACUGAAUUCACCAGUGAUGUCCACGAAGACCAUCAGUAUCUCAGAGUCUCUCAACACCAGCCUGCAUAAAAAGAUUGCCAUUUCGCCUCUAAAGUCACCCAGCAAGCUGACCGUGGUGUCGGUCGCCUCCCAGACCCCCAACGCCACGCAGAAGUCGAUGGGGGUCCCGGUCAACAUGGCCCUGGGCCAGCAGAUCCUAACCGUGCAUCAGCCCGCUGCUGUAUCCCCCUCCAAGGGGGUAUCAAACCAGUCCGCCGCCCAGAGCCUGAAGCCGGUGCAGACGGUGACCAUGGGCGGCUCCCACUUCAAGACCAUCAUCCCCCUGGCCACGCAGCCCAACGUGCAGCAAAUCCAGGUCCCCGGCAGCCGCUUCACCUACGUCCGGCUGGUCACCUCCACCACCGCCAACCCCACCACCCUGCAGGCGGGGGGCCCCACCACCAGCACCAUGCAGACAGCCAAACCCAUGGUGGUCAACACAGGAACGGUACGGAUGUCUGUGCCCAUCGCCCCGGCCCAGACCAUGAAACAGAUGGUGCCAAAGUCGAUUACGACGACGACCCAGGUGCUGACCAACGCCCAGACCCAGCAGCGGCUGAUCAUGCCCGCCACUUCCCUGCCCCAGAUCCAGCCCAACUUCACCAACCUGCCCCCAGGGACUGUGCUGGCACCAGCCCCCGGGACGGGGAACGUAGGCUACGCUGUGGUGCCCGCGCAAUACGUCGCGCAGCUCCAGCAGUCCUCCCUGGUGACCAUGGCUAGCAGCUCUGGGUUCCACACCCCCACCGGGGCCCAGACCCAGGCCCGGCUGCCUGUCAACGGCUUGUCCACGGCAACAGACUCCUCCACGAGGCCUAGGAAACCGUGCAACUGCACCAAGUCACAAUGUCUCAAACUAUAUUGCGACUGCUUUGCAAACGGGGAGUUCUGCAAUAACUGCAACUGCAAUAACUGCUUCAAUAACCUGGAGCAUGAAACGGAACGACUCAAAGCCAUAAAGACGUGUCUGGACCGCAAUCCCGGCGCUUUCAAGCCCAAGAUCGGCAAGGGGAAGCAGGGGGAAUCGGACCGCAGACACAGCAAGGGCUGCAACUGCAAGCGCUCGGGCUGUCUGAAGAACUACUGUGAAUGCUACGAGGCGAAGAUCAUGUGCUCGUCAAUAUGCAAGUGUGUCGGCUGCAAGAACUUUGAGGAGAGCCCAGAGAGGAAGACUCUGAUGCACCUGGCCGACGCGGCAGAGGUGCGGGUGCAGCAACAGACGGCUGCCAAGACCAAGCUGUCCUCGCAGAUCUCCGACCUGCUCACGAGAACCACGCCAAUCAGCACGAGUGGAGGCGGCCGGCUGCCUUACACGUUUGUCACAAAGGAGGUGGUGGAGGCGACGUGCGAGUGUCUCCUGGACCAGGCCCGGCAGACUGAGCUGAGCGGGCAGCCGCAGGCCCUGGCUGAGCGGCUGAUCCUGGAGGAGUUCGGACACUGUCUCAUGAGGAUCAUCAGCUCGGCGGGGAAGGCCAAGUCGGACUGCAUCAACUGUUAGACCUGGACUCCCCUCGACCCUGUUCCCUGGGUCUGGCUCAUUCAGACCCCUGUUCCUUAAAGGAGCCGCUUGGGAGUGAGUUGGCAGAGAAUGAAACCAGUCCCGUUUUCCCCUCUCAUGUACCUCCAUUCUACCCCCCCUGGGCUUUUAAUUUGAAGGACAAAAUAAUGACUUGACAUCAAUGGACAUUGGACAGUAGAGUGAGCUACUGCCUUGCUAAGGAUCGCAGCCGGAUGAAACCGGACUGAUAACGCUAACUCGGACACGCAUUAUGCACAAUGUUGGCAGAGCUGCACAUAUUUUGGAUUAAAAAAAUAAUCUACAAAUUCUUGUAGCUUAGUGCUAAUAUGUUUCCGUAGUCAUGUGCCUACCUGGAAGCUCAGUUGGAAUAAUGAGUUUUGUUUUUUCUCUCAUCAUUAGCAAUGACAAAUGGCUAAAUAUAUGUAAAGAGAAAAAUGAACACAGUAGGAUUUUUUGCGUCCUAAAUGCGCGGAGGGUAGCUCAUUCAACCUGCACACAGAUUGUAUAUUUGACUGAUAACAAUUUGCUAUUUAAUUUACUAAUAUUCUCUUUGCCAGGUAUAUCCAUGACUCCAUUAAUGACAUCCUUUUUACACCUGGCUUUACAACCAUGUCCGAUAAUCUUGUGUGAGCGCGUCCUCAGAGAAUUCUGGAGAAAAUCCCUACAAAAUCAAGUGUUCAUGGUAGUUUUUAUGAUAGCUUAGCAUUUGGCCUGAUUAUAAAAUUGUGGUGAGUUAUUUAAAUAUCAGGAGAAAAUCUCUUGCCACAAUCAAUUUAUAACUGCUUGUUUUGUAUGUUUUUAUUUAAUAUUUUCCUUAAAUGCCAUCCCUCCCUAAUAUAUUUAAGAAUUAAGCUAGGCGCCAACCUUAUGGCUAGUUUAUACUGAUUCUUUAACCAACAGACUUCUCAAAUUGUGAGUUUUCUCUGGCUGCAGGAAAUAUGUAUGGUUUAGAUUCGCAACUUGUACUUCAUCUUGAUAAUUUUUUUUUACUUGAAUUUAGUACCCAAAAUUACCCUAAUACAAACAUUGGUUCCCUCAGGAAUAACCCGUAAAGCAUUUUCGGAUUAUUCCAAGAUGGAUGAAAACAUGAGGAUCUGCAAUAGGAAGAUUCUGUCACCUUAGCGACAUGGAGCUGUACUGUAUCGUGUUUGCUUUUAAUUCAGAUUCAGAAGUAUUGCUGCUUUUGACUGUUUGUCUUCCAUUCUUCACAAUAUUUUGUCAAUGCAAAGUUGCCUUAAAAUAAUUUUGAAAAGCAAAA